GUUUGUGUAUCUUACAAAGUUUUUCUUUAAGGCGAAAGUAAUUUAAUUCUUACAUAACUUAGACACAUCAAAGAGUUCUGCAAGAACGUUUGUGUCCCGGCGUGGUGGGUGGAAAAUUGGAUUUUCCUCGUUAUGCUUCUUUUGCGGCCAUUAAAAUUAUUCUCUGGUGGGAGGAUGAAUACUUUGCUUCGUAUAGAAAACAUUCGGGUUUAUUGCAUACGGAACAGGAAUUGAGUGAAGGAGAUUUUUUACAACUGCAACUUUAACAUUACUCUCAACAUAAAACUAACUUCUUUUCAAACUAAAUAAAAACCUACAAAAAAAAAAAUCUCUCAUAAUGGAGGUUAUGGAAGAGGGUAAUCUUAUGGACCGUGUGCCCAUUUUACUGCAACGGGAUUUACAAUAUUAUCAGACACAUCAAAGAGUUCUGCAAGAACGUUUGUGUCCCGGCGUGGUGGGUGGAAAAUUGGAUUUUCCUCGUUAUGCUUCUUUUGCGGCCAUUAAAAUUAUUCUCUGGUGGGAGGAUGAAUACUUUGCUUCGUAUAGAAAACAUUCGGGUUUAUUGCAUACGGAACAGGAAUUGAGUGAAGGAGAUUUUUCUUCCGUUGUGGUAAAAAGUUCUGAUCCCGAUAAAUUCGUUAGUUUGGUAACCAAAUCGGCCGAUUUAUUACUAGAACAUUUGCAUGUGCUCUCUCAAGAAUCUCUCGAUCAUGCUGAUCUCUCAGUACUUACAGCCACCAUAGGAGCUGCGGCUCUAGUACGGAACUGCCUAAAUGUUUAUCUACAAGCGGCAACUACCAAAAUUUGUCCACCCAAAGGAGAUGAAAAGGGAGGAGCUUUGAAGCUAUCACUUAAACAAUAUUCUCAAUUAUCGGAGGCUCUAGCAGAGCGUCUCUUAGAUUUGCACUGUCGCCUACUAUUGCUCUAUAUAGUCCAAGACGCCGAUGCUUUACACUGGGAAGAUACGGAACCAUUUUUUGAAUCCGAACGUGGUUCGUAUUGCAUACAAAUGUGGUGGCUUUAUAUGUAUGGUACCAAGGACGAUUUAUGGAAUUCGGUACCACCCAAAAUGGCUCAACGCAUAUUUGGUGGAAUGCUGAAUGAAACCUUAAGUGUCCUAACUGUACGUUAUUCCCAAAUUACCACAAGUCUAGCUCGAGCCCAAUUACAUUUAUGUGAUAUUUGCAAUUUAUUAUUUUGUAUUGCCGAAUUGUUGCCGCAUGUUUGUGAGAGUGGUGAAGCUUAUGUGGGAUUACAGUUAAAUAACCAAAGUGUCAUUAUACGUGAUAUACAUGCAAAGUGCAGGGAACUUUUUUAUUGCCUUCUGUUGCGUGGUGCACCGCUUGGAGUGCUCUUAAAGGUUUUCCGUAAAGGUCUCGAAAAUAUGGAAAUGUUUUCCUCUCGACAUGGUUUACCCAGUGCUUAUAUAUUCGCUUUACCGCGGUUAUUUCCCAAAGAUCAGUCAUGCCAAUGGGUAACCGAAUUUGCAGAUUUGAAUACCAGCACAGCAGUGUCAUUAGAGCUAAAGGUGUUAUUGUCCUCACCGGAAGCCGAUUGGCCAUUUUUAGUUAAGGUCUUGCUAAUGAGAGAUGCCCACUUAACGGGCAUAAUAUUAAGACAUCUUUUGAAACACUUACCCUCUAGUGAAAACUUUAAGAAUGUGGCUAAACAUUCGUUUAUCGAAGAUAUUAAUGAGUCCAAGAAAUGUGAAGGUUUCUUAUGUCGAGGAGAAUGUUUUAAUGUGGCCGAUUUAAUAGCAAAUGAUUUGGAUCCUGUGGGUCAAACUAAUUGCCAGAUAGUUUUAUCUUUAACUUAUUUAUUGGUGGCUUUGGGUAAAGCGGUAGAUAUAAAAUCCUGUUUAAUAAAAUCCUUAGAAGAUGUAGGUUUACCCGGAUGGAGUGAUUGUUUGGAUAAGAGACAGGUUUGGAAUCAAAAACGUCCUCCCUGGUUGGAGGCUAUAAUGCAUUUUGUUUACCCCGUUUUGGAUUGCAUAGUGGAAAUGUUGGUUAAUGCUGUGGAAGCUGGGGCCAGCAUGUAUCAGGCCAUGUCUUUGGCUUUAACUUGUGUUUCAGAAAUGUGGGAUUGUAUACCCGAGGGUUUGUAUAAAGUAACCUCGUUACUGCAAGAUAUAACACCGGUAUCAACAAGACCUCUAAGUGAAUCGGUUUUAAUGCAAGUUAUGUUUGCCGCCCUCUAUACUGAACUUAUCAAAACCGCAGAGAAAUAUGAAAAGUUAAAGGAUGAGGCCAAGGCCUCCAUUUGUUAUACCAUAUCGGAGGCUAUAUGUUCUAUUGAUGAGGAUGAUAAACAUACCGAUCAGAUAGAGCUGUUUUUAAAGCAGGCUAAGGAUAGUAUUAUAUUGGAAAGCUAUGGUUCUACGGGUCGUGGUCCGGGUGGCAUGAGUGCUGUUAGCACGGUUAAAAUCGAUGAUAUAGGUACAGCCGAUUCGGAUCGUAUGAGCCACAGUCCCCCUGCAAAUUAUGCCAUGGAAUUGGAAGUUGGCAUUACUGACUUUAUUGCAGAGGUCUUGACCAGCGAUGUUUUGACUACGGAUAUUGGUAAACAGGCUUUGAAGGUCUGUUAUAACUACUUGAAAAACAACAAAGAUUGGUUAAUGGAACAGUUGGGUACCAGUCAGAAUGAACCAAGUCCUUUCCAGGGUGUACAGGGUCAAAAUAUCAAAGAAAGUAAACCUUCUCUACUUAAAACUAUGUUCUUUAUAGAAAAUACACCAUUUGAUCAGCUAUUAACCGGUUCCUUAAAAAUAGAGUAUGUAACAUGGUUGCAAACACCACUAUCAUUAAAUCCAGAACGUGCUUGGUUGCAUUUGGCGCGUCGCUGUGACUUUCAAGAAGAUGCCAAACUAACAAUGCCGGAAGUAGCCAUGGUUGCCAGCAUACAGAAAAUCAUGAAGAAACGUAAAACUUAUGGAAAGUAAAAAUCAGCUAACAACGAGACCCUGCAUCUAAAGGCUGAGAUGAUGAGGAUGAUUACAAUGUUGAC